AGGUGCCGUCCCGGCUGCAAGCCUUUCACUGCACGCGCAGACUUGUCGCCCCCUCGACUCGCGGCCGCUUCGCCCGCCGGCAUGGACGCGUCCCCCGUGCGCGGCGCCCUGCGGGCGGCGGCUGCCUGGCGGGCGGCGCGCCGGGCGGGCGCGCCGCUGGCCCUGGCCGCCGCGGGGGUGCUGGGGCUGCUGGCCCUGCGGCGUGGCCUGGCCCCGGCGCCGGCCCGAGAGCACGUCAAUAGCCAGGCGGCGGGCUUCGGCGCGAUCGAGCUGGCGAGCUCGCGCCGCCACCGCCACGCAGCUGCCGAGCGGCAGGCCGCCGGCGGCGGCUCCGAGGAGGAGGAGCUGUGCAGCCCCAGCUCGGAGAUCCCGGCGAUGGAGUCCUCGGUCCGGGGCCUCGGGGUCUCCGAGUUCUGGAAGGGCCUCUGCGAGGGCGUCGCGGGGCCGCUCGCGUCCACGAGCUCGUGGCCUGGCCAGAGCCCCCUCUGGGAGCGCCUGAAGCAGGAGAGCUGCUACGCGGACCACGGGAAGCUCAGCUGGAAGCAGGCGCAGGAGAACCUGGCGAGACGGAGCCUCGUGCCCUUCCCCGAGAUCGUGCCGAUCCACCCGCUGCGCCGCCCAGAGCUGUGCCAGCACGCCUCCCUGGGAGCUCUCGCAGGCGACGCGAGCGCGGAGGAGGUGGAGCGCGCGAAGGCUUGGCUGAAGGCGACGGUGGCCGUGUACGUGCUCGUCUUCUCGAAGCAGCAGGACCCCCCCGGCGGCCCCGCCGGCGCGGGCCUCUCGGCCCAGGGCGUCGACUUCGAGCUGCUGCAGGGCCUCGACCUGGCGCGGAACGGCUCCUACCAGAUGGCGAAGCAGAGCGGCGCGAUCCCAGCCGGCUUCGACUCCGCCAAGGCCGAGACGGCGUCUCGGACCAUGCUGCAGGGCAUGGACGGCAUCGCCGGCGCCGUCGGCCUCGCAGCCUCGCACCUGCAGGCGAUGGGCCACGCGGCGUCCGCGAGCGACGGGAAGCCGCUGGUGCUCAUCCUGGAGGAGGACGCCGCGCCCGCGCCCGACUUCGCCGUGAGGCUGCGUCGCCUGGUCCAGGACGAGGCGCCCUGCGACUGGGUCGCCAUCUCCCUGCAGUCGGCCUGUCCCUAUGGCGAGUGCGUCACGCCGCACCUGUCCCGCGUGCGGCCCAACGCCAACGAGCCUGCGGAGCGCUGCCACCACGGCGUGAACUUCGGCUUCUACUCCAUGCUCUACCGCAGGGUGCUGCUGCCGUCCCUCGUGCGCCGCCUCGAGCAGGCCGUGUGGGACGUGGAGAGGCCUCGCUGCCUGGACGUCGACGUGGCGCUGGCCUCCCUAGCCGACGAGGUGGCAUACUACGCCGUGCCUAAAGUGCAGGUGCCGGGACUCAUCGUGAGCGGCGGGGAGGAGUCCUCGCGGGUAAAGAACAUGGCGAACGCCCAAGUCCAGCUGGAGGAGACCGACAAGCAGGGCACCCAAAAGAGUCAUCGCGAAGCCACGGUUGAGGACGAGGGGGGGCCGUUGUUCUAUUACACCACGACCACCACGACCUCGACCAGCCAAACCAGUACCACGACUUCGUCGACGACGUCCACAACCACCAGCACCUCAUCCGUCACAACAACGGUAUCAACGACUGUCGCUGCUCCCUGGUGGCAAAUCUGGAGGUGA